AUGGCACACGUCGAUGUCCCCCCCACUCAAAAGGCCUUUGUGCCACUAGAAAACAAUCCGGAAGUGAUGUCCCACCUAGUGCACCAACUGGGACUAGCCCCCACAUUAGGCUUCACAGACGUUUUCUCGAUCGACGAGCCGGAACUCCUAGCCUUUGUCCCACGGCCCUCCCAGGCCCUCCUCCUGGUCUUCCCCGUCUCCGCAACCUACGAAGCUUCACGUGAAGCCGAAGAUGCCCCCAAAGACACCUACACCGGCUCCGGCCCCGCUGAGCCGGUAAUGUGGUUCAAGCAGACGAUCCGCAACGCAUGCGGGCUGAUCGGCCUGCUGCACGUGGUCGCAAAUGGCGAGGCGAGGAAACAUGUCGUUGCUGGCUCGGACUUGGAUACCCUGCUCCGGGAGGCGGAAGCGUUGGGGCCGGUGGAGCGCGCAGAUCUGCUGUAUGAGAGUAAGGCGUUGGAGAGUGCUCAUGCGGAUGCGGCGAAACUGGGGGAUACCGCUGCGCCGUUGGCGGAGGAUAAUGUAGAUCUGCAUUUCGUUGCCUUUGUUAGGGGGCUAGACGGGACGCUUUGGGAAUUAGACGGGAGGAGGAAGGGGCCGUUAGCUAGGGGGGUCUUGAAGGAGGGGGAGGAUGCGCUUAGUGAGGCUGCGUUGGAGUUAGGGGUCAGGAGGUUUUUGAAAAUGGAGGCGCAGGGUGGGAAUCCGGAUUUGAGGUUUAGUUUGGUUAGUUUGGGACCUUUGUUUGAUUAG